CUCGACAAACCUGACCAGCAGCACCAGCCACCGCGAGCUCCAAGUCUGAUUGCCAGACAGUUAGUCUAGCCGCGUACCUCAAGCUGUGAGUACCAAUUCCUAUUUCACGUGUCCUACUCACCUGUCGACGCUUCUCCUUAUCUUCGUACUUGGAAAAAAAAGUUAUUAAUUUUUUUUUAAAAUAUUAUCAAGUAUGAGAUCAAUGACUUAAGUUUAAGUAAUUCCGAUAAAAGAUUUAUCGAUAAGAAAGUGAUUAUAUUGUUUUUUUUUUUUUUUUCUUCUUAUUGAGACUAAUUGGUGUUGUGUAAUAUCUAGCACGGAGACGCGCAUUUGAUUAUCGACUUGAAUCUGUGGACAGGAGUACUAAACUGUAAGCUCAUUCACUUUUGCGCACUCUCACUUCAGUCUCUUUUUCUUGGUGUCCCCAGCUGCUGGUUGCUGGCACUGCUACUGGUACAGCAUUGAAGGAUCUUUUGGUUAUUGUGUGUGAUAGAAACUAGUUCUCUUGUUUUUUACUAUCAUUAUUAUACGUCUUCUGCUUGUAUUAUUUACUCGCUGACACUAAAAGUUGUGACUGAUAAAUAAAAAAAACUAAACUACUUGUGAUAAAGUGGCAUUUAAAUGGGAGCAAAAAAUAAAAUUUAAAAAAAAUAAUAAAAUAUUGGAAUCGGUUUGUUUGGAGCUUGAUGAACUAAAAGAUUUUCCCGAGAGCAGCAACCGGUUUUAGAUGCACCAGGUGGUAAUUUUGUCAUUAAUCAAUUGAGAGAUUCCUACUCCAUUUAAUAAAAAUAAUAAUAAUAAAUCCGCGUAAUUGCUGUAAGAUUCCAAGUGGGUAAAUCGUGUAUUUAUGUUGCCACUUGGACCUCACUGGACAAUUCCACCAGGAGUAUACGUUUUCCAUUACAUUGUGACGUGAUAAAAAUAAUAAACAACUCUACGCGUAGUGUAGUUUAGUUACCAAGGUUUUAAAUUAUUUUUGUUGUUGUUAAUUAAUUAAUUAGUUAAAGUCAGUGUAUAGUUUAUUUAAAUUGUACUAUGAUAGAAUGAGUUGCUCGGUGAAGAUCUCGAGCAAGGGCUGGGCCAGCACGCAGCAGAGGCGUAUUGGCUCUUUGCCUGAAGAAACCAAUGUGUUACUAAGUCAAGCUGCAUCGCCAGUAAAUUCCGGAAGUACAGUUAUAAGUACACCAGUAACAGCCGCAACAGCAGCUGCAACAAUAACAACAUCAACAACAUCAACAACAACAACAACAACAACACAAGUACUUAUUCCUCAACAGCAACAGUUGCUGUUACAGCAACACCAUCAACAGACAGUAAAAACUGUUCAAUCUAAAGCACUGGCCAAGUCAAUAGCUACAAAAAAAGGCGAAGACACAGCAAAAUUACUUAAAUACAUUGAUGACAAUAUAAUUGGAAAAAAUGGGACCUUCUUUGGACCAUUCGGGCGCAGGAAAGUUAUUUACUGUGAUUACACGGCAUCAGGAAGAUCAUUGCAAUUUAUAGAAGAAUAUAUUUGUAAAGAAGUACUGCCAUGUCUUGGAGAUACUCGGGCAUCGACGUCAAUUUGCAGUUUGCAGUCGUCACUCUUCAGGCACGAGGCCAGAGACAUCAUUCGACAUGCAGUCGGGGCCGGAGAGCAGGAUGCUGUUCUCUUUACAGGUCAUGGUACUGACGACGUUCUGCGCACUCUUAUUCGCCAUCUUGACCUCCCCCGGAGGCCGACCGUUGUCUUUGUUGGCCCAUUCGAGCAUCGCACCAAUUUGCGACCCUGGCGCGAACUCGGUACCAAGGUGGUGAGAAUUGCCGAAACCAAGGAGGGAUUUCUCGAUUUGAAUGACCUCGAGCGUAAACUUGUUGAGGAAAAAUCGUCAGAGCGUAUGAUGGUUGGGUGCUUUAAUGCGGCUAGUUGUAUCACUGGCGUACUUGCUGAUGACGUUGCAACCACUCUCUUGUUGCAUCAGUACGGGGCGCUGAGUGUGUGGGACUAUACAUCAGCCGCUCCUUAUAUAAAUAUGGACAUGAAUCCACACUUACCAGGCGUGGGUGAAACUGCUGUGCAUAAAGACGCGAUAAUAUUUAGCGGACAUAAAUUUGUGGGAGGCGCACAAUCACCCGGCGUCCUUGUAGUAAAGAAAUCCUUACUGAAAAAUGAUAUUGCCAUUGAAGAUAUGAGAGACUCGCACAGAUAUCUAAAAGAUCCGGAAUUAAGAGAUGAAAGUGGAACCGCGGGGGUCGUUGGAUCUAUUCGUUGUGGGCUCGCGAUGCAGCUUAAAGAAAAUAUUUCUUCACAAGUUAUUAUUUCACGGCAAGAAAAAAUUUGCAAACAAGUACUGGCUCAUGUGAGAACAAUACCCGAGCUCAUAUUACUCGGUAGUAAUUCUCAAAACAUAAAGAGACUACCAGUAUUUUCAUUCAUGGUCAGACACCCACGAGGAACUUUUCUGCAUCAUAAUUUCGUCUGUGCGAUUCUCAACGAUGUUUUUGGUAUACAGACACGAGGUGGAUGCGCUUGCGCCGGUCGAUAUGCUCACGAUCUUAUGGGGAUUGACAUUGACCUUGCCAAAAAAUACGAUUCAAUAUUGACCGACAAGGAUUCAAAUUCCGAAUCAAAUGCUGAAUUUCUGAGGCCUGGUUUUGCUAGAUUGUCCUUGCCCUACUUUAUAACUGAAGCCGAAUUGGCAUUUGUAUUAGAGGCCUUGAAAAUGGUCGCAACCGAGGGAUGGAAACUCUUACCGCAGUAUGUACUGAAUCCUGAUACUGGUGAAUGGCGUCACCACACAAACAGCGUCUUUAAGGAACGAAAGUGGUUAGGAUCGAUUCGUUAUACGGAUGGUAAAAUGAUAGCUUCUGAAAGAAGAGUAUCUGGUGCUGGUGGUGUUUUCCCCCAGAGUUAUGCAGAUUGUCUUCAAACGGCCCGAAAUAUUUUCAACCGAUCACGUAGAAUUGCCCAUCGUUUUCCCUUGCAAAUAGACUGUAAUGUUAGUCUUACAGCUGUUGAAGAAUCCUUGCGUUGGUUUAUUUUACCAAGUGAAGCUCAAGAUCUUUUGCUUGGGAAUUCUCAAAAUGUUAAACAAGAUUUACCGUUUGAUCCCACGGUGAGAAAGCACCGUCGUGAUUUGACUAUUGGUUUAAAUAUUUCAUCACAUUAUUCUGGUAUACGGAGACUCAACAGCGAUAUUCCUAAAUCAGGUAGUCAUCCUCCAUUGGCAAUAGCGUCUCCGAGACAUCAUAGUUUGCCUGCAUUGUCAACUGAUCAGCAUUCUACGGCACCAAAACGUUUUGGCGACAGUUUUGAUUCCACUGUUAGCGAAGACAAUGAUCAAAAAGAUGAAAAACUUAUUGAGGGUCCAACUAUUCGUCCAACUUGUUCUUCUUCAUCAAUAUCAUCAUUAUCAUCAACUUGUUCUCAACCCGGACAGCAAAAAUCAUCAACCGAUUCAUCAUCAACGCCAAUAAAAUUUGCUGUCGGUGAAGCUGUUACCUCGUCAAUGAUUAUUGCGACUACACCAGCAGGAGCACGACUGAUGGCCGACGAACACAGUAUGCCGCAUGUCAAUAACGUCCAUCGUGGCAGCCGCACACGCUGUAAUUCAUUGGGUAGCAGCGGAAAAACUCUACCAGUUCCUAUUCCUCUGAGUCCUCAAACAUUGGCAAGUCUUGGAGUUUCUUCGACGACUUCAUCAGGCAAUUUACCCCGCAAUCAUCGGUACUGCAGCUGUAGCAGCCGGAUAGAUUUAUCAAGUUCCCUGGAGCUUGACGGUGGUAUUGGUAACAGUCCUACAAGAUCGACUGCAUCAUCAGAAACUUGUUCGCCUACUUCCUCCUCAUCACCUUCGCCUUAUCCGUACACCCCGUCAUUUAAUUCCCACCAAAAUUCCCACAAUCUCCAAAGUGGACAUCAUCAUCCACAUCAUCCUCAAUUAACACACACAGACAGCUCACAUAAAUUAGGAAGAUAUUCACCAAUUAUCACAAGCUUCAGUCAUAGUUCUGAACAAGAUUUACGUGCUUAUUUAAAAGAAGUUACUAAAGAACUGGCAACGGAAAUAAAAUCAGAAAUAAGAGAAGUUAUUUCAAAGGUCGAUGAUGUUUUGUCGGACAAUGGGACACCUCAACACCAUAACCAGAGGAUAUCUUUCAUGGGUAGUGAAAAACAUCAACAGCAGAAAGAAGGGAAAGAUGAUUCCUGUUCAGCUCGUGAAGUCGCUGAAUAUCUUAUGGAGUUUUCCAAAGGAAUGGCCAGCGAAGUUAAAUCAGAAAUUAGGUGUAUGGUAAAUCAAGUGGACGGUCUAGGUAGAUUUUCACCAGAUUUACAUUCAGCGGCAUCAACUGGUUCGCCAGGAUACGGAACUCCUGAAAGACGAUUGCCCUCGUCACCUCUAGCGGGAUUGAAACUUGGAAAAACAUCAAAAUUAUGUGAUUUACAGCAUUCACAGCAGGAGAGCAAGAUGUCUAGUGAAUGUUCAUCAGACGAGACUGUGAUAUACGUUGUAGGUCCUCGGGUUGGUUCAACAACCAACAGCACAACGAUAAUUGCCAAUCACGAGCAAUCAAAAACGUCUGAUGAAGAGGACGAAGAAGAAGGCGAAGAAGAAGAAGAAGAAGUAGUAGUAGUAAAUAGAAAAUCAGCCAAAAAUCUAAUUAAAAAAAUAACUGGUAAUAGUACAAAAACUCUGCCGGAAAUAUAUUCAGCAGUUAAUUCAGUCAGUUCACAAGACAGUGGGAUUAAUUUAUCAUUCAAUGAUAAUGACGUACGCCCUACUGAAUUAGGUAGAAGUAGUAGCAGUAGCAGUGGGAGCAGUACUGAUUCUUGCAGCAUCACUAAUAGAAAUAACACUACCAGCAAAAAAUCUAAAAGCACUCCCAAUAAAGGACCAAAACGGAGUAUCAAAGAUACGCGAAAGCUUCCUGAUUAUUUUUCAGAAGAUGAAUUUAAUAUUGUGAUGCCUGAUAAAAUUUUAACCUCCGACGACGAGGACGGACUGGAAAGUAAACUAAAUUCUGAAGAAUUGAGAACUGAGGAUGAUGAUAAGGCAGAGGAAGGUGAGCCAAGAUGGUACAGUCCACCUAAAAAUAUUUGGAAAGCAACUGUCGAAGCUAUUCAUGAGUAUGAUAUGAUACGUGAUAAAGAUAGAGUACUUGUUUGUCUUCCAGCCACUACAAUGGGCGCGAGAGUUGCUGCCGGAAGUUAUGGUUUAGCUUUACUUCAUGCUCUACAUCAGUAUCAAUUUUAUGCCCGAUCAAAAAAUAUAUAUUUUGAAAUUGGCGCUGUCACUAUUGACGCGAACACAAGUUACGACCCAAUUGAAUCAAUGAGCUAUCUCAAGAGUUUGAAGGUUCCUUAUUUUUGUGAAGAAGCUGAAGAACAGGCGUCGCUUAUUGACAACAGUACCACAAAUAUUUGUCCUAAGGAUAUUGAGGAGGAUAAAAGUUUACCAGGACGGACUUGCAGUACUUGUGGACGUCUGGGUAUCAACACGAGAAAAAGACUCUACUCAGUUGCCAAAAGAUAUGGAUUCAAUGUAUUGGCACUUGGGCAACAUCUUGACGAUCUUACGGAAGGAUUUCUUACGUCAUUUUUUUACAGUGGGAAACUUAAAACUUUGAAAGCUCAUUAUGUUGUCAAGGAACAUGAGCUGAGAGUCGUAAGACCUUUUGUGUACGUACGGGAAAAAUCACUGAGGCAGUUUACGGAGGAUAAAAAACUACCCAUGUUACGGGUAGUUUGUCAAGCCUGCGACGAGUUAUCAAAAGUAAAAGAUGAAACAAACAAAGAGCUGAUGACACAGCAGGAAAAAAAUUAUCCAAAAGUCUACUGGUCUAUGAGAAACGCUCUGAGGCCGCUGAUUCUGGCGAAAGGUAACUUUCCCCAUGGACACCAGAGACACAAGCACAAGCUCAAGCCCAAGGCUAGUCCUUCUCAUCCUUGUCAUCCUUCUCAUCCCAAUCCAAAUUCAAGUCUUAACCCAGACCCAAAUCAAAAUCCAAAUUCAAACUCAUCGGGAUUACCGGCUACCUACCAAGAGUUAGGUAACAGCGAUACUGAUGAACAAAUUUUAUAAUCAAUUUUUCACACUUUAUUUAUUCAUGUUUUUUUUUAUAAAUAUAUAAACGUAAUUAUUUUUAUUUAUUUUAUGUUUGUAAAUUUAUAUUUUAUAUUUAAGUUACUCUAUGACAAAUAAUUUAAAUAAUUACGUUAAUAUUUAAUAUAAUUAACGAGUCAUUUAAUUCUGCUAUUAAUUACUUCAUUUUUUUUGUAUUAAAUUAAUAUUGGAAUAAAAUGUCGCAAUUAAUUUUUUAAGUAAUUAAAUACUUAAUACUAUUGAAUUCAUUAUGAAUUAUCAACUAAUUACUUAUAAAUAAUAUUUCUGUUUUUAAAAAUUUAAACUCUAUUUAUGAGAAAAGUUAAAUUUAUUAUAUUGUUAAAAUGUCAUUUUUUUAUUACUACUGUUUAAUUAUUUUUUAUAAUAAAUAAUCUUAGAAUAAUUGUUUUUUUAUAUAUAAAUAUAUUAAUUGACUAAGUGCUGUGCGCAUUUUUGUUGCGAAGCUAUUUUUUGCGAUAAUUGUGAACAAAUUUUGUUAAAUAAUAAUAAUAAUGAAAUAAAUAUUAAACAUAAAUUAUAUUUGCGCAUAAAAUACGGGGACUUAUAUUUUAUAAUUUUUAAUUGAAACGCAGCUUUUUUGGCGGUCAAAAAAAAUGUCUGCUUUUUCAAUAAGAAAUAUAUAAAUAUGAGUUUUUUUUUAUACUUAACAUAAAAACAAACCCAGCAUAGAUCUGUGUCUAAUGUUAAUUUUUUUUGAAGAAAAAAAAAAAGAAAAAAAAAAUAUUUUUAAAAAAUAUUAAAAGAAAAAAAAAUUGUAUUAAUUUUAAAAAAUGAUAAAUUUAUCUUUACGUGUCACGUGUUGACUAAAUAUCAAUUUAGUGUCAUACGAUAAUAUAAUAAUAAUAACAACAUUAUCAUCAUAAAUGUUGCGUACAAAAAAUAAAAUUAUGUAUGUGCAUUAUAUUAAUAAUGAAUUAUUAAUAUAUAUUAGAGUACAACUUUAACGUUACAGCUUAGUGUAUUAUUAUCUGAAUUACCUGUUGAACGAUGGACGACGAUGACAAUAAAAAUUGUGAUGAUAAUUAAAGUAAAAAAUUAAAUUUAGAAUUACAAACUUUGACCAAAAAUAAAAAAAAAACAAUGACUUGAUCAUAAAUUAUUUAUAAUAGAAAUAUAAUUUAUAUUUAUUUACGUCUCGGUAUAAUGUUACUUAUAUUUGUAAAUAUAUAUUAUAUAAGCGAGACAGUUAAAUUUUUCUAUUUAAUAAUUUGUCAUCCCCGUCCAUCUGAUUGUUCAUAUAUCAUAACGACUAAUAACUUAUUGUUAAGUUAAAUUAUAAUUAAAUAUUCCUUUGUGCUGAAAAAAAAAAAAAUAAUAAAAAUAGACUACUGGCAACGAUUUUUUUUUUUUUUAUAACAAUAA